AUGACUCCUGAUAAGGAAAGCUUCAGCUCAGCUAUCGCCGAAGAAACGAACGUGGAGCACCGGCUAGUUAAGGUCACGCUCGGUAGACCUGCCAUCGUCGGGACCGAACCCGGCUGCGGAUUCUUUCUCUCACUGCCAACGCCUCUUCUCAUCCUCCUGCAACAUGUCCUGAGUCUCAUCUCCUUCACCGCAAGCCACUGUGAUAAACGUGGUAUCAUCCUUCUCUUCCUGCAUGCCGCCAUCAAUAACGCCAUCAUAUUCCCGCCGUCGAGCAAACUCCAGCGCCGGUCCAUCAUCGCUCCUCUGCAUCGCAUCGCAUCGUCGCACCUCUUCCGCGCUCAGUCUUCUCGGCAAGGCACACCCAGGCACAGUCUCAACCGGCCCAACCUCAAAUUUGCUCAAUGUUCCCUUUCCCGAGCAUUAGCAUGUCCACCGCGACUGCCACAGGCAAGUGACGCCCGGAUUAGCACAUCCCAAGAGGGCCGCGAGCCCGGGUCGUUGGCGGUCCUUUUGCAAGACUUAGCGACAGCGCUAUUAGACUACUUGACAUGCGGAGACAAGGAAGUUGUGCGGACCUCCUCGGAGAGCAGCAGUCAUGGGUGCCAGAAGGGAGAUGUGCCAGAGACAACUAUGUGGAUUUCUACCCCGCCGACGCCCCCAUCGAAGCUAUUCAUCUUACUCGCACGCACGAGAAGCAAGAGUAGGAGCAGGAGCAGGAGCGCUCGCCCUGCAUCUGUGGCUCCCGAGCGUUGCAGUCCCACCUUUACCCUCGUCCGUGUAUCUCUCCGCGAUGUCCUCCUGUGGAUGGCACCACCGGCAAAGCGGCCGCGCAUAUAUGCCAGAUCGGCGACGAAGAAUGUCUCUCCAGCCGAAUUUAUCGAAGUCGCAGCUGCAGUCGCCCAUGACGGGCUCGGCGGCAUCGUCAUCCUUGCACGAAUAUUCAAGGUUGCUGGAAGGGGCCUCAAGUCCAUUGCGCUCGUCGGUUUCUGCAGUAGCUGGUACAAGGGAAUGCUCAAUAGCAAGCUCGACGCUGGCCAGCUCGAGAAAACUGUUCCAUCUGCACGCGGAAGACGGCGAGGCAGCGCGGGGAGAGGGAAGAGCGGCAAACGCGCGUUCACAGAUGGAUAUGAGUCCACGCGAGUCGCGCAAUGCGAUGGAAGUGGAACGGCAGACGGGGAGCUCUGCAAGGCGGCGGUGGCGGCGCGCACAGAGGUAGACGUCGAGCGACUGCAUCCGGCGACGCAGCGGUAUCACGGAUCGAGCUCCUCGCGACCGAGGCCGGGUAACGUCAUGGACCUGCACGUGCUCGUGACAGUGCAUACCUCUGCCCGUUCUGAUCGCCGCGCACAGGUCUAUCUUGAGCAGCUCCCAACGCUGGCAGCAUCAUCAUCCUCGUCUGCGCUAUCGUUUCCUGUGCUGGGCCUUGCGAGGAGCCUUCCGUCUUCUCGUUCAUCAUUUCUGCAUCCCUCUACUUCUGCUACGCCUUCUGUGUCUGUUAGCUCGCAGUUGGAGCUCAGGCUUGGAUCGAAUUCAGGUCAUGGGCCGCCGGUGGAUAGUGAGAAGGAACGGGAGAAGAGCAAGGAGAGGAUCAAGGGCAAGACAAAGGAGAAGGAUCCACCGCCUCACUCGCAUUCAUCGGCAUCAAAAGGCAAGCACAUGCGUGGGCCUAUCCUGGCGGAGAAGGACAUGCGCACGAUGUACAGGAACGCAAAAGAGUUGUUGCGAUUUCACGAUGCUUUCGUGCGCGAGCUCCAGGAUGCCGUUGGCGUGUAUGGCUUGGGGCAGGCGUUCGUCCUCGAUGAUCAGGAGAAGAUGCGUGUGGGCACCGUCAUUCAGCAUCUUCGAGACGUUUUGCUAGGACACAACGAGGUCGCGAACUUGAUUCGGAAUUUCCAGGAGAGUUAUCCAGGCGAUUGGGACGCAUAUGAGCAGCGCUGUCCCCUCCUUGUCGCCGACAUCGAGCUCAGUGCUGUUUUCGGCUUGUCCGAUGACCGCUCUGCUCCAGCAGGGAACGGUCUUCCUACAUCAGCAACAAUGACCGUGCCUAUCAGUCGAGAGCGUGUACGUGAAGGCUCUUCCAGCUCCGCGCUUGGACACCCGCGCAAGUCCUCACAGUCGCAAGCCACCCGCUUAAAGUUCAUCAAGCCCGUCCAGCGGAUCUGCAAGUACCCUGUGCUACUCGAUCAGCUGAAAACGAAACGGCCGCGAACGCAGAGUGGGAUUGAUACGAGCACACGGAUGUCACCGCAUGUCGAGUGGAGCGAGCGAAUUGAGCUGGGCUCGGAUAUCGUGGAUCGCGCCAAUGAGGCGAUGCGCCUGGUCGUCAGGCUGGUCAAUCCAGCGAGUGAGAUCAGGACGCGUAUAGUCCGGUCGGCGCUGAUCGCGUCGCACAUGGUGCUCACUGUGCCGCCGGUGUCGUCGGCGUCACAUCAUGGACGUGGGCACAGUCACUCCUUUUCAUCCAUGGGAUCGUCGUAUCGCCCAAAUGCGCAGGGCUUGUCGCCAGAGUUCAUUGCGUCGCUCGGCACGUGUCAUCUGGCUGCAUCCUCCUUUGCACACUCCUGGUGGCGGCCCGUUGCGGGCGAAGUACCUCGUACCAUGGGCGGUUACAUCGUCUUGGUCAAGAUACCUAAGAGCGGUAAGAUCUAUGAACCACGAUAUUGGUUCUCCUCGGCUGGUUUAACCGUUGAGGACCUUAAGACGAUGAUUUUUGCAGCGUUGUGCCACGUGAAGAUCAUCUGGUUGGCAGCUAUCCAACGCGCCCUGGCGGUACCUGCGCAACGGGUGAACGAGCGUCUUGAAAGCUUACCAGAGGACGAGAAGCUCCUCCUGAUGCCUGCGGCAGAGGAAGGUGCUCCGGAGUGGACAACAAACCCCUUGCCCGCCAUCCAAUCAUUUCUGAGUUCGAAGGCCAGGGAGAUGAUCCACGUUCCGAUGCGCUUGCGGCGUGACAGGGUUCCCUUGAGAAGUCAUCAACUAUGGCGAUACUGGAUAGUAUCGCCCUCAGACAGGGACAGAUGCAAAGGCGCUCUUCUUCCUAAUGACUCACGACUCCUCCACAUGUGUUAUGCGGCCGUCUUCUCAGACCAGGUUGACUCUGAGGCCAGUGCAAAGACGCUGACCACGCUUACUGUGAGGGCCAAGUCAAUAAGUACGAGAAAAAGCAGGAAAUCGCUCCCGUCGAUCGUGCCUGCUGGAGCAUCUAUCCUGUCGAACGUAGAGUCGGAGGUUGAGAACGAUGGUCCAGUGGCCCGGGGCAUGACAGUUCUGCUGGCUGUUCUCCAGGAGCCGGAAGCGGAACCGCACAAUGGCUUCAUAUGCAUUACGGAGCACUACAUAGCCGCACUCUUGAGCUGGCUAAUCCGAUCAGAACAAUAUAUAUUGGCCAUCAUAGACGAGUCUCGAAUCCUCGCAAUUGACUUUCUCCACUUUAAAAACGAAAUCCCCACUUCUCUCUACGGUCCUGCGUCUCUAACGCCUUUCGUCGACUCACAUAAGUGUCUGCCGAUAGCUGUGACGUCGCUGAAGAUCCUUUCCAAAGGAAGACUCAUGCUCAAACCAGCGGUUGUUAUGGCUCGUUGUCGUGAAGCGGUGCCGACAUGGCAUUAUUUAGACGGAUCUGCGGACUCGGUAUCGGUGGAAAGGCAUUCUGCCCACCAUGAUAGAAUGCUUCCCACUUUGGCCAAGACUAUAUCAUUGCCUAUAUCCAGCUAUUCAUCACUCAGUGGUGCAUUGGGUGCCACUGCAGUGGAACCAUUGAGCUCUGCGACUCCUGCUCUCAACAGAGACAUGAGUCAUGUGCCAGAAGCAGUGGAUGAUGAUGAGCAUGCAGCAAUUGGUGGUAGUAUCCAUCGAUUCAAGGUCAAUCAUGUCCAGUAUUUGACAGAAGAGCUUAGAUUCAUCUUAACCGAUCCAGUCACAAUCCAGGGAUCUCGACGGUCAUGGUACUAUAUGAGGUCCCUGGAGACAUACAUCUUAUAUGCUCGGCAAGCUCUCUCAAUGGCGGGCAUGACACCAGUUAGAAUGCAGCAUGUAGCCGACAAUUCUGAUUCUGCCAUGUCAGUGAGGUCGACCCAGGCAGUUUUCCUGCUAAUGCGGCAAAUUCUGUCAAAGCGAGUUGCCGAUUUGAGACAAUUGGAGCAGGAAAGGAAAUGUUUGUGA